AAUUAGAAGCAACAGUAACCAUAAACCAACUCCGACCGUUUUAGCGCGAAACGCACAGACAUCACAAAAAACACAGUGGGUGAAAAACACACACCCCUCCAAAUGUUUUCAGUCACAGCAACUCUAGUCGGCCACGACCAUAUUUUUCUUCUCAAAAACCCUAGAUUUUUCCCCAAUUGUGUCCGACCAAAUCGUCCGACUGAUCGAUUCACUGUUCGAUCAUCUUCGACCUUGCAAGAGAUCGAUAAACCUCUGGACGAGUCGUCGGAGGAGAGAGAGUCGAGUUCAAAGCCUUACGCUUCGGCCCCUUUUCCUUCGAUAAAGUCGGCGAAGAGGGUGGUGUUGGUGAGGCACGGGCAGAGCACGUGGAACCAGGAAGGUAGGAUUCAAGGGAGCUCCGAUUUCUCGGUUCUCACCCAGAAAGGCGAGUCUCAGGCCGAAACUUCCCGCCAAAUGCUCAUAGAUGACUCCUUCGAUGUUUGCUUCUCAAGUCCAUUGAUUAGAUCAAAGAGAACGGCCGAAAUAAUAUGGGGUUCUCGUGAGGAGGAGAUCAUUACUGAAUCUGACAUGAGGGAAAUUGACCUUUAUUCAUUUCAAGGUCUCCUAAAGCAUGAAGGAAAAGCAAAGUUUGGUGAGGCUUUUUAUCAGUGGCAAACAGAUGCGGCAAAUUUCAGUAUUGAUGGUCAUUAUCCAGUGAGGGAGUUAUGGUCACGUGCUAGAAGCUGCUGGACUAAAAUCCUAACCCAUGAAAGCAGGUCUGUUCUUGUGGUUGCUCAUAAUGCUGUUAAUCAAGCUCUUGUUGCUACAGCCAUUGGACUGGGCACCGAGUAUUUCAGAAUUUUACUUCAGAGCAAUUGUGGUGUGAGUGUGCUGGAUUUCACCCCACGACCUGAGGGUGGGUCUCCAUAUAUAUGUCUCAAUCGAUUAAAUCAGACCCCAAGUUCACCUAUUUCUGCUGGAAGUUCUGGAGGUAGAAAAGCCAGUAAGAGGAUCAUACUUGUCUGUCAUGGCUCCUCACAAACCGAUUCAGAGACUAGUAUACCUUUUUCUGGGGACAGGCCAUUGAACAUGCUUGGGAUUAUACAGUCCCAGAAAACUGCAGAGUUACUUCUUGAUUUGAAGGUAACAACUAUAGUGAGCAGCUCUAAAGUGGCCUCACUUGAGACAGCAGAGAUGAUCUCCAAAGUUCAAGAAGCUGCAGAUUGCUUGGGUGCUGAUUGUGUGCCACGCUAUGUGGAAAUGAAGCAAAUGGAAGACCUAAAUGUUGAGAACACCCUUCAACAAUCAAAGAAGGCAACAGAUGAUGCAUUUGGUACCGGUACUGGAUUGUUGAAUGGAAUCCAUGAUGGAAAAAUGAUGGCAUUGUGGGAUCAGUCAGGGAAGGCCUGGAAAUCUGUGUUGGAUGAGCUAUCGAAAGUAUCUGAGCAACAAGGUGUUGUCGUCGUAGUUGGCCAUCCUGCUGUACACAUUGCAUUGAUGGGACACGGCCUAAAUCUUACAAAAGAAUGGUUAGGAUCAUGUCAUCUUGAUUCGGGUAGCAUCAGUGUCGUCGACUUCCCUGAUGGACCUGCUGGAAGAGCUGUUAUCCGAUGUAUUAAUUAUACUGCUCAUCUGGGGAGGUGGUCAAUACCCAUUACGAAAUCGACACUGGGUGAUGAAGAGUUUUAACUGUAAUUAUGGAUCUGAAAUUAACUGGCGAGAAGGUAUUUCCAGAAUGGUUCUGCAAAACACUUUACAGUUUGUACAAAGUUUGAAUUUGGCACAAGGCCACUUAGUCUUCAGAAGUUUACAAGAAAGGGUUAAAGCUUCUAAAGAACUUUCAUUUACCAUUUUAACCCAUUGCUAGCUCAGGAAUCAUGAUUUUUCUGUUGGUUUUGACUUAAUUAAUUGUAACUGUAUGCAAAACAUACUAGGACUUGGCGUUAUAUGCAAAAUGCUGAGUUUGUUGUA